AUGCGCACGCGGCAUGCGUUUGAGCGCCGCAUGGCGGAGCGCGAGACGGAGACGCUGGAGCGCCACCUGGAGGCGAAAUCGAGAUGCGUCGCGAGGUUUCAGGAGAUUCGCCGCGAGCAGCUCUCGCGUGCGGAACGGGCAUCCACGUUGCCCCUCCUCGAUGGGUUUGCCGAUGAGGCGGCGGUUGGAAUCGACGCGUCCGCGCACCCGAUUUUGACGGCGGCCGCGCAUGACGUCAGGGUAACCGCCGCCUUGCUAUCGCUCGCGGCGAUGACGACGACGUACAAAUUUCAACAGGCUCAGAUCCUCAAGCGUCGCCACCUGCUCCACGAUCUCGCGCUUUGCCCGACCAAAUCCCGAGUCGAUUCGCCCGAACAGGUGAAGCAACUUUCCGCGAGGCUCCUGCAGUCCAUCGGGGAGGGUUCUUCCCAAUCAGGGUGUUUUCCCGCCCGAACGCAACCCGAUCUGAGCACGCAAGCCGACGAGGGCUCCCCUUCACACGUCCUGCAAGCCUUCACGCACGCUUUUCGGCAUUUACCCCACCCCUCCCUCCGGCAACAGGAGGCACUUGAGGGGCUUUUGGAGGAGCUAUCUCGUCUUUCGACGUGUCGGAAGGAUUUGGGGGGUUAUUGCAGCCGUCAGACCGCGAAGGAGGCCGCGAUGGAGGAGAAACUAAAGGCGCUUCUCCUGCCCACUCAGGAAUGGGGGGUGAUGGCCGCACAGGCGAUGUUGUGUGAUGAGGAAAAGCACCUCUACAUCUCGGCGACCUUCACGACGAGCCCGCUUAUCACGCGAAACAAACAGCUGAAAUGGCGCCUCGCGGAGUUGCAGGCCGCGCUGGCGAGCUUGAUCGUCGCCCACGCGAUGGCGAUGCUACGGAAAGAACCCCAAUCCCUCCUCACGUCGAAUCCCGCGGCCGCCGCGGACGAGGCGGAGAAAGAGGCGGCGAGGCUUGAACAACUUCACGAGCAGCUUGUGCUGGAGGUGAUGUUUCUUCGGCGAAAGCUCCGCACGAUGGUCGAUCAACGCUAUUGGCGGCAUGCGCUGAAAGACGCCACCGCGGUAGCGCCCAGGGGCGGCCCGGAACCGGUCAACCCACCCCUCGGUAUGCUCGGCGGACUUCUUCUAUCCGAGUACCACACGAGGUUGGAGGGGUUUUUGGCUCCCUCGUCGUCUGUGGAUCGCGUGGAGGGGAGGGAUUCCGCACCACCCGCUUCGAGCCAUCCGGCGGGCGGUACCCUCUUAUCGGAGGGGCCUUCUCUGCCAACCCCACGCAGACCGCCUGCGUUGAUGCGAUCGAUGCGGCUCCUGUGGCUUCGAGAACAGGUGGAAUCCCAUCAGCAAUCGUUGGCAUCCCUGCUCACCACCAACGCGCGACUGGUUGAAUCCAUCAGCAGUGUGCGCAUGGUGUAUGGGUUCGCGGUCGAGCCGGAAAAGGCGGGAUCACUCGUGGAUGCGCUGCUCACGCGGUGUGGGUUUGGUCUUCCCCCACAGAAUUAUCUUGGUGGGGAGGAACCGAACUUUGACGUGGCCCCGUUUUCCUCUUCCUUUCUAACGGAGCUGCAGGAGCGCGUUCUAGAAAAGUAUCGUGGGCGGUUGGAGGCGGUGCAGGCAGGGGCUAACGCUUGUCUAGAGCGGCUUCGGCUCGAGGUACAGCAACGGGAUCCUUACUGGCGCGGGAAUCUUGCGUUUAUCCUACGUAUUCAGCAUUUAUCAGACCUCCGUCGGCUCACCACCAUCCCUGGUAGGCAUUCCGAAAUGGUGGCGUCUUUUGGAGAGGUGCUGCGUCGUGUAUUGGACUGCUUAGAGUCGAACGAAAAGCCGAGCGUCUCACAUCCAGUAGGUGAGGGCGAAAUUAGCGAUGCUUUCAGGAUUCCUGCGCUUCCUAGAAGUUUGAAGUCGCUUCAAAAGGAAUUUAGAACCCUUCACAAUAGCAAAGUUGACUCUAAGAAGGCAACGUGGGUAGCCCAUCUACGAGAGUGCGCUGCUAAACGCGAAGAACUCGAGUGGUACGAGCAGUUCACCACGGAAGAGAUCCCCGAUGCGUUGGAGGAGGCCCGAAAGGUGCAGAAGCGGUUGAAGCAGGAGAUUCUAUCCGUUCAACGGAGUCGCGAGCUGCUGCAUAUCAAUAAGAAUAAAGCUUCUCAGCUAGAUAAAGCCUUCAACGAAAUUUUGGAACAGCAGAAGAACCCGCUGCGAGCUCGUGUGGACGAGCUGAGGGCGCAACUCCAGCGUCUACAAGAGGAAAACAAGGCUGCCAUGGCCAAAACGUGGGUUCAAACCACCCCUGUCGAGCAACCAGGUGAGGUGGUUGCCGCACCUUCCCUCAUCGACAGGUCAGAGCUCGAAUGGCGCUCUUCACCGCAAGCCAAUCCAGUGGGCAGUGGCUCCUCCCACCAAGAUGAACAAUACGAAAACGAUAAUGAAGUCUCUUCUGAGAUGCCAACCCAUUCCUACCACGACACCACCCAAUCUCCACAGGAUAAUGAGGCUAGCGUGGAUGAAGACAUGGGUUUCGUACAGAAUGCGGAUUAUUCGGGUGGAUACACCCAUGCUGAUGUUGGGAAUGAGGAGUCCGUAAUGACAGGGGACCAUGAUGAGGAAUUGAAUGAGGAGGCAGCAUCAGAUCCUUUGGAGUUUCCCGAUGAGCCCUUUGGCGGAUCGGAGGGGAAUUCUGCUACUGGGCAUCAAGAGACUGAGUAA